UCAGCGUCUCAACCGCUCUGCUUUCUGAUUGGCUGGCGAGUGUUGGGGGAAAAUUAAAUCAAAUGUUUGAACCGCGGUAGGAAGCAGUGAGGAAACGGGUGCGUUGCUGUUUGUUUUAUCUCCAGGGUUCUCUGUUAUAUUCUCUGAUAUCACCGCUGGAAGAAGGAUGGGGGAUGUAGCUGAGAUCCAGAUCACACCAGAAACCCCUGGGAGACCCGCCAUCCUCAAUCCGUUUGAGAGUCCCACCGACUACCACCGCCUGCACGAGUCUCUGGUGCCCAGUCCGUCUGUCUUUAAGAGCUCCAGGGUCUCCUCAGCUACACCAGCAAAGUUCAAAUGGUCCAUCGAUGAAAUGGCAAGCCUUCUCCCAGUGCACAUAGACCCUGAGGAUAUUCACCGCCAGGCUUUAUUCAUGAGUCAGACCAGGAUGGACGCUGAUGUUGAGCAAAAGCGUCAGAGCGCUAUUGAACAAUUUUUUACAAAAGGUGCUAUAGUUCCGUCGCCAUGGGGACCACUGGCGAGUAAACAGUCAGUGCUGCUGAGCCAUGAGAAAAUUGCAGGUUCGUCUUCAUCGCAUGUAACAGAGGAACAACCGGCGGCGAAGAAAAUCCACGCGACCUGUCAGACAAUUCUGUCUUUACCUGUGGACUUCGAUAUUGAAAAAGUAUUAGGUGAUUACUACAAGACGGAUGAGGUUUCUGAGCAGGUGCAGGAGAGCCUCAGUUCCUCCUCCCUGAGACGGAAGCUCUUCCUGGAUGGCCAUGCCAGCGGCUCAGAUUCGUCCAGCCCUCCCAGCCCGGAGAGAGAGGCCCACGGUGCUAGCAGAGAGAUGAUGUCAUCGGUCAUCGUGUCACCUGUGAAUUGUGGGAUCACAGCGACAACUCCUUCAUCUGGUCAGUUCUCAUCCAGUCCUAUCCAGGAACGAGGUCGUGCUUAUAGUCUGGGCAGUGUGGCCAGUCCCAUGUUCGCAGAACGGUCACCUCUUAUGUUUAAGUCUCCCACAUUGUCCCCAAUCGUCCAGCAGCACUCAGUAACACCUCAGUCAGGUGAGAGGAAGCGAUUGUCCUUCCUGUCUCCUGACGGUCUUCCAUCCUGUAGCCAGAACAUGGCUGUCAGUGGGUGUGGCAAGAGCCCAUACGUGGAAGGCUGUUCUCCCAUCCGCAGCUGCUCCCCUCUCCACCCUCAUCACAGCAGCAUAUCCUCCUUUGUCCUCCAAACGCACCUCCAGGACGAGGAGCAUAUGUUUCUCGGUGAGCCUUUACCCACUAUGGAGCUGGACUCGUGCUCCCCCAGGGUCCGGGCUGGACAUGGCGAGAGCCAGACAUCCCUGCCCGAGUAUGAUAUAAUGGAGCAGAGCAAGCCAACUGAGGAAGAGCUGGGACGCCUGUCCCCUCACCCAUUUUCUGAAGUGGAAGAUGAGGAGGAGGAAGUGGUGGCCAACAGAGAGGAGUUCUGUCGCCUCAGCAGCUCGAGAACAGGGAGCCUUUCCAAUGCAGAGAGCACCCGCAUGUUCGUGUCACUGCUGGCUGAGAGGAGCAUGGCACCGUAUGACAUUAGCAUGCAGGUGGACAGCGGUUAUAACACGUACUCUACGUGCACCACCAGCCUAAUGGAUGGCGUCAGUGCAGAUAGCCAGAGCAAGGAGGCGCAGGACACACACACUGCUGAGGAGGGACUCACUCACUCGAAACACACUAAGUCGAAGCUGUUAUUGCCAUCCCACUGAAUGCAAGGGACGGAUCAGGGACCUCCAAAGCCCAGAAGAACUGUUUACACAGUGCGUUUACACCCAAUUCCAUGCUGUCAUACAGUGAAUUCUUGCACAGGUGCCUUUUAGAUCAUCACGAAACAAAGCGAUGUUAUUAAACGAAUCUUACCUCAGAUUUCUGUCAGAAACUGAAAAGAAAAACUUGAUUUAAAUUGUUAUAGAUGAAUAUAUGCUCUUUUAUUUAAAUGGAUGAAUUACUGAAUAUACAUUUGUGUACUGGCAUUGGUUUAUUUUACCGUAUGGAUUUUUUCCUUUUGCAAUUUUUUUAAUGAUUUAUUUUCUUGGUUAUUUAUGAAUUUGUAACCAAAACCACUACAGUUCAAAUAUGUAAUAAUCGGUGUAUUUUUAAUGUUGCUCUGUGCAGCAUAAAUCCUGUGUUUCUGCUAAAUUGCAAUAAAGGACUUUUAUAUCAAAUUGAGAUGAAAAUCUGAAUAAAUCGUGUUAUUCCA